AUGGUAGGGUACAACCGUACAAGGGAGAAAGGUAGUGGAAGGUCUUUCUCAAUUUUCAGCAAAAAUAAGCGCGGGAAACUUCCCUCCCCUUUUCCCCCGAAUCUCUCCCCCUUUUAUUUUCAUUUUGGCUCUCACCUUCCCCAAUUCGUUCAACUCUUUGAUUCGCGCUUUCAGUUACGAGGUUCAAAUGAGCAGCAACCUUUUCUUCCAAUUCUAUGGCUAUGGCAUGAAAUUAGUCAUUGCCACCAGGGAUUGUGGUCUCGGAAUCAGAUUUUUAUUUAUGAAGGCUGUGGGGUGAACCAAGUGAGGCUAUUUCUGGCUUUGCGGAUGCAAGUCUCUCUUUGGCUGUGUUACUUUGAUUCCCACAUCUCACUGAUGGACAUGCUUAAAUAAUCAUUGCUGGAUAUAUGGUUCAUGCAUUGCAACAAGUUGUUGGAAGAAGACAUAUUUUUGGAGUUAAUUAUAUUAGAAUUUAAUGACUUUUGUAUAUGAUUCUUUUGUUACUUCUUGUAAGUACAAGCAUACAUUUUAGGAGAUUUAGUUUUUGGAAAGUGAGUAAAUACU